CUCCCGAUUCCCGUCAACCCGACUCGGUCUACAAGCCGAUCGAGCGCAAGGCCAAACUACUUCAACCCGCUCCGCGUGCCGGCCAAGCUCCAGGCGCAGCUCCCGUUUGCGAGCAAGCCCAAGUUGGACAAGAAGAAGGGCAAGAAGACCGAGUCGUAUGUCACCAAGCGCGCGGUCGUGCUCGAGCCCGAGGAGCGCAAGAAGUACGCGCUCAUUCAGCAAGUCAACACGCUCCGCCGCGAAAAGAAUGCGAUCCGCGUCGCCAAGCAAAAGGAGCGGUCCAAGGAAAACCUCAAGCGCAAGGCCCGCGAAGAAGCCAAGUUUGCCGACGUGCACAAGGCCGAGAAGAAGGCCAAGUACCGCGCCGCGGGCAAGGAGGCGGCGUACCGUGCGUCCAAGGCGUAG